AUGACCGUUGGCCCGUUGGUGCAACUCGACAUGGAAAUCCAGCUCAUUAAGCCGACCGGAGCAACGAGUGAAGAGUCUUAUGGCAAGCUUUUGGUUUACCUGCCAGGGACAGAUGGUACGGGUCAGGCGAUUCUCCCGCAAAUCCCGGCGCUGCACGGCCUGGGUUACGAUGUAUGGUGCCUCUACAUGCCCCCGGAUGAUCGCUCCGACUGGGAACAGCUAACAACCCAACUGACGCUGCUGCUGCGCCAACUACUGACGCACUGGCAGGCGGCUGCCACGGCGGCACGCCAGGUUGCGACACCUCGCAUUACUAUCGUCGCCGAGUCGUUUGGCUGCUGCCUAGCGUUGCGAUUGGUGGCGUCAGGCGCUGGGCCGGAGCUGCUGGACCGGCUGGUGCUGGUGAACCCAGCCACAUCCUUCAACGACUCACUGAGUGGCCUGUCGUCGUUGAUUGCUGCCACCAAUCUGCUGUCCCUCUUUCCGAGGGACUGGUACGCAGUGGCCCAGAAUACCUUGCUGCCCCUCCUAGUGGACGGUGAACGGGUGGACGAGGCCAACCAAAGGCUGCUGCAAUCCAUGAUUCUUAUGGAGCCACCUCCAAGUAACCAAAGCUUCGGCUUCGGAGCUGCCAGGCCGCCAUAUCCGGCCAAGGGGCCAUUGGCGUCGGCAGCGCAGACUGCGCUCAAUGGCGGUGCGGCGACCGCCGCCAGCGCUGCCAGUGACGGCAGCGGCGCACUUUAUUACGCCCCAGCUGCUGCCGCAAACUUCAGAGCCAACUUGUUGCGGAGUGGAGACCCCGGAGAGGAGGUGUUGCGAAAGGUGGAGAUGCCUGUGCUGCUCAUCACCUCGGCCAGGGACAGAUUGCUUCCGUCCAUUGUGGAAGGUGCCCGUUUGGAACGUGUUCUCCCGAACGCUAGGCGGUGUAUCCUGCCGGACAGCGGCCAUGCGGCACUACUGGAGCGCGGAAUCAACCUGGCGGCUACCAUGCAAGCGGCUGGCUUUGCCGAUGAUGUUGUUUUGGCGCCGGUCCAGCCGACAUCAGGCGCAGGCGCGACUGUAGGGACUUCGGCCGUUGCGGCGGGGCCCCGCCGUAGCAAGCUCCGGGCCGAGGCUCCGGUCGCAGGCGCGGCUCCAGAGCCUAAGGCAGCCUCCGCAGCUCCACCGGUCGCAACAUCGAUUAAUGCAUCCAGUGCUCGGGAGUCGUUGUCCAUUGCCAGCGACACGAGUCAUCCUUCGGAAGCUGCUCUUGCAGCGGCGGUUCCAAGUGGAGCUCUGGUGUCCGCGAGUGGAUCUGUAUCCUCUGAGCUGCCGAUGAGGACAGGGCAGGAACGUACGGCUGCCGCCAGCAAUGAUACCGCACCCGACGGCGAUCAAAAAGGCAGCAGCGGUCGGCGUGGCGGAAGCCGGAGGUCCACUAUUGCCGAAGGCGGGGGAUCAAAGGUCGCGGCCAAUGAGGAGCACCCGGCGGCGGCGGACGUUGACAGCGCGUUUGAUGAGUGGUGUCAAAAGUUGGCGCCAUGGCGGGAUGUGGUUUCUCCAGUGGUGCUGGGCUUUGAACACUUGCCGCCGCCUGGCUCGCCGGCUUUCUCCCGUCCGAUGCUUUUCGUGGGUAACCACCAGAAGAUGGGCUUCUAUGACACACCUCUUCUAGUAUACGAGUUGUACGUACGAGGUUACAGGGUUCGCGGCCUGGCGCACCCGGGUCAUUGGGCGGGACCCUUCGGCCGCUGGUUUGAGAGCUUUGGCUCCGUGAAGGCCUCGCCCAUGGCCGCCUUCCGGCUGCUCCGGGCGUCCGAGAAGGUGCUGCUGUUCCCCGGCGGAGCCAAGGAGGUGGUGAAAAAACGGGGCCAGGAGUACAAGCUGCUGUGGAAGGAGAGCCCCGACUUUGUGCGGCUGGCUGCCAGGUGCAACGCUCUCAUCGUGCCCUUCGCUGCAGUGGGUGCAGACGACGCUUACGACGUGAUCAUGGACACGGACGAGGUGAUCGCACACCCUGUGCUGGGUCCCCUCACCACAGGACUGCUCAGCCGCGUCAGCAACGCCCUGGAUCCCGUGGAGUCCAUUUUCCCAAUAACCCGCAUGCCAGUGGUGGGGCUGCCGACGCCCAUCCCCAUCCCCAACCUGCAGCGGCUCUACUUUCAGUUCGCACCACCUGUGGACCCGCGGGCCCUAGGUACCAACAUAAACGACCCGCAGCAGGUACAGGAGCUGUAUGACAACGUGAAGGGAACGGUCACGCAGUGCAUGGCCGAGCUGCUAGCUUUCCGAGACGCAGACGAGGAGAGCCAGGUCUCGACCACUGAGGUGUUCCGUCCUCGAGCCUCUGUGGCCUUUAGCUGGACACAACCCACACUCCCGUGCCAUGGGUACCAAAAGUCCUUGGAAAGUCCUUGUGAAAUUGGGGCGAAAGGGCCGGACCCCAGAUGCAUGGCUCUAUAA